AGGCAACAUAGCUUACUUUUUGAAUUCUGUUUUUUCGCGCCAAAGUUGAGGUAAUUGCCUAUCGCUUACAUCCCAUCCACAGACGAACAGCUGUUUCGAUUGUUGAUAUCGAUUACCGGCUAUACAAUAUAUGUAGUUAUUAUUAUUUUCUUUUAAUUUUGUUUACGGAUUAAAUGAUAUGUGUUUUUGGGAAACAACACUCUGUUUCCACUAGCACGAUUGCUGCACAUUAUUUGUUGUAAUUGUGAAUGGACGACGCCAUUUAGCUGGGAAACCAUUUAACCAUACAUUUUAACGUGUUUUGUAAACAAACAAAAAAAUUGCAUCUGUUGAGACGAAUCCUGAAUUGUCGGCAGAUUCAUCACCAGGACACGAUCAUUCCCCUCAGAACAUGGGGACUAACAUUCCAGCAGAUGCGGACCUAAGUGAAUCUGAGGAGACGGACAAGCUUUACGACAUCAACAAACUGCGAGCGUUCAAGGAUGUUCCUUUCCUGAUAAGCCGCAUGGAGCCCAAGGACACGAUCGUGACAUACGGCGAUGCUGCAGAACAGAUCCAGGUUUUGGUUAAUUUUCUGCGCAUGAACAAGGUCCCAGCCGGAGCAGGAAUUGCACUACGAGUCACGGAGCACACGCCGGCCUCUUCUCUUAUGAUUUUAGCAAUCCUCAAUAACAAGUGCUACUUCUUUCCCACGGAUAAGAUGAUGCUCUCCCAUGAUCUGUACGUACAGAUGAGCACGGCCGGUGUGGACUACCUCUUGGUCAACAAACAUUUGACCGUUGCACCCUUAUACUUUACAUUUCUGGGAAGCAUCUUGGUGUUUAAAGAGGACUGCAAGCUGUACACCGUAAAGUCGAAAUCCGCCGAUCAUGCUGUACAGGCCAAGAAGCCGCUGCCCGCCAAUAUGUGCUACACCAUCUCCACGACGGGCACUACGGGAAAGCCUAAGCUCGUACAUGUGCCCUACGAAUGCAUUGCACCCAACAUAGUGGGGCUCAGCCAGAAGUUAAACGUCUCCAUGGCCGACAUCAUUUACCUUGGCACACCCAUUACAUUCGAUCCCUUCGUGGUGGAGUUCUUCCUAGCUCUUCAAAAUGGAGCUACGUUACUUACCAGUCGUCACUCCAUGAGGGACUCCCCUAGUAAGGUGCUAGGUGCCCUGUUCCCCGACAACCUGACCACGCCGGGUAUCACCAUCCUGCAGAUGACUCCAUCUCUGUUUCGGCAAUUUGGAGCUUCUUCUAUCAGAGAGCGAGUGCUAAGCAGAUCCAGUUCAUUGAGAGUACUGCUUCUUGGUGGCGAACCAUUUCCCAGCAAUGCCGAGCUCGUAACUUGGAUGAAUCCGAGUGUCCUGAUGCAGAAACACAUAUGCAACAUAUAUGGAAUCACAGAAAUAUCCUGCUGGAGCCUCCUGCACAUUGUUCAGUCAUUACAAUCACCUGUGCCUUUGGGAACUCCUAUUGAAAAGGACACUAUUCUGCGGAUUGAAUCUCAAAGCGAUGAACCCUCGCAGCAAGGAGAGCUCUUUCUGGGCAGUGCCAAGCGUCGCUGCUAUAUCCCAGAAGUUGAUGAUCAGGCAAAUGCUUCAAAAGACGAUCCAGGCAUUUGUUUCAGGGCGACAGGAGAUCUGGUCACGCAACAGAAGGAUGGCACAUUGUUCUACAGCGAGAGAUCGAACGAUGUGGUAAAGCGAGCUGGUAAUCGUAUUAGCUUGGGUUUAAUCACUCGAAAAAUUCAAAAAUGUCUGCCAAGCGCUGAAUUGACUACAUGCCUGUGGCUCGAAGACUUGCAGAAACUUAUUUGCUGCAUUCGCUCUUUAGAGGCAAAAACUAGAGUUGAUCAACGCGUCCAGACCUUUGAUAUCCUUUCCAAGGUAUCGAUUGCCGAACAGCCAGAUAGAUUUGUCUAUCUACAACACUUUCCGUGUAACGUACACGGCAAACUGGACAAGCAACAGCUCCUCAAGAUGUGCAUUCCCCUUGCUCAGCCAGCUCAGCAAAUUUUAAAGAGUUAUCUGCACGAUAGGCUGGAAUGUGUGGAAGAGCCUGAUGAUAACUUACCAAAAAAGCAGCGACUUGAAGACGCUGCUCCCUGUGGCUAUGACUUAAGUUUUCGCCAGGCGGGUGGCACAUCGUUCCAUGCCAUCACAAUUUGCCGAGAGAUUGGUCUACAAAUGUGCAUCGAUGACGAGCAACGCCACUUGUUCGAAAUGCUACUGGAUGAGAACAUUCCGUUGCGCACAGUGCUAAGGUUCUUGGACACAGCCAAGCUGGUGGCCAACAACACCAAGCGGAAGAAUGUUGAGCCAGCGGUUGUUGCCUCGUCCUGCCAAGGUCUGAUAAUUAAACGUAUCGAACAGCCGGUGCUCAAGCUUCAGUUUUACUGGAAGGUAAACUUCGAAAAGUGCAUAGACUCCCCAGUGACCGAAUACGAGGGCCGCUUCAUCUGCGUGGGCGCACAUUCGAAAAUUCUUCGUACUCUUAAUCCGCAGACGGGCAGCGAGUACAGUGCAGUCAAACUUCCCGACCGUAUCGAGUGUAAGGUUACGUUUCUUAGCGAGCAGCUCGCUAUGGUGGGCUGCUACGAUGGAUGUCUCUACGGUUUUAAUCCCCAAACUGGUGACAUUGUAUUUCGCGUUGGAAUUGGGGGCAUGAUUAAGUCGCAGCCCAUGCUGACCGCCGAUGGUCGUCGAAUUAUAGUAUGCAGCUAUGCGGAUGACUACAAUGUCUAUUGCUUGUCAGCCGAGCGGCAGGAGGUGCUGUGGUGCCUAAGGAUCGGUGAAAAGCCGAUCUUCGCGAGCCCUCUGGAGCUGCCAAGGGAACAGUCGCUGAUAGUCUGCACCUUGGAUGGCAGCUACUCGCGCGUGGCCAUCACCGAUGGCUCAGUGGAGUGGACGCAGAAAUUUAGGGAGCCCGUAUUCUCCACACCUGUUCUUUUGGAGUCCAUGUCCAGUAUUUUUCUAAGCGCGGAAGUGGCUGGUCGAGUCCAUGCCUGUCAUGUGGGCAAUGGUAAAAUUCUGGCUACCUUCAGCACAGAAGGAAACAUUUUCUCUUCGCUGGUGGUCAAGACCCCACCGACUUUUAUGGGACAUUCCUUUGCCGUUUUUGGUUGUAUAGACCAACAUGUGUAUUGCCUGCGAUGCAAAACCGGAUCGGGUGGCAAAUCUGUUGACUUCGAGCUCCACUGGAAGGUCAAUGUGGGUGCACCCGUUUAUGCCACGCCAACUCUGCUCACAGUGCAACCGAACGGUCUUCUGGUUUGGUGCGCCGCCACCGAUGGACGCGUCAUGCUGAUGAACUUUAGAAAUGGCGAGAUUCAGUGGUCGGAUAAACUGCCCGGUCAAGUGUUUUCCAGCGCAUGCUUUAUUGAGGACCUGCGUCGUGUUUUCGUGGGAUGUCGGGACAACUUCCUUUACUGUCUGGGCAUCUAGAUAUUAACUGAAACUGAUACAUUUCCAAUUACAGCCAACUUGUAGUUUAAUAUUAAUAUAGAAAUACGUGCCUUAAUAUCUGUAUACCAAAUGUCCAAUGAAGAUACAGAAUUUACUUGUAUGACUACAAUUUAAUUAGAAUAAGAAUGCCAUUUUG